AUUUCUUGUUUGAAACUCAAAGCCAUUAUUUUUCCAACAUCAAAUGUCUCUUCAACUAUAUAUUCUUUUCGUAUUUAUUUCCAAAUAUAGAGAGAGCAAAAGGGAAAUUAUUAUACAAGAAGGAGAUCAAGAAAAGUGACUAUGGCAUGCUUUGUGCCUUUUAAUAAUAGGAAUUUGCACAUAAGUCUUCUUGUAUUCCGACCAACGGUUCUGUUUGUUGAUGAUCUAGUCGAUGCCUUAAAGCAAUUUUCGCUUUGCACUGAAAAUCUUGGUUGUAUUCACAGCUCUAUCUUUAGAAGUAUUCAUGGGAACAUGAUAGUGUGGUAUGGAGCGUGGAUGAAGAGAUCUACUGACAAUAAGCAAUUACUAAACGCAGCUUUGAUUUCCAUGCUGACAAAUGUAGCAAGCAUGGCCAUCUUAAUUGAUAGCAGUUUUUUCGAAGCAUACAAUGGCGAAUCAAAAGAUGGCUCCCCAGCAGCAAAAUUCUUCAAUGGCGACGUUAUUUCCCUAAGCUGCGCCACCAUUUUGGACGAUAACCCGAAUGAACACACGCUUUCUUGUGCAUGUUUAUCUCUAUUCAAAGACCGUUUUAUAAAAAUGGAAGGUGCAACUGCUGGAGUUUGCAUGAAAUCUCAAACUCUGCCAAAACUUGUUGGUCUUUUUGUGUGGAAAUCUCUUCAGUUCUGCUAUUCUGAUAUACUGAACUCGGACUGUCGGAACACGAUUCUUCCAUACUUUGGUGGCAUUCCCUUGGAUGUAAAGUACGACAUCUUUAGAGUCGUGUAUGUCAGCUGAGACGAAAAGUCACCUUUUGGUGCCUCGUAUAACAUUUUUAUUUUCGGUGUUGGAGAGCAAAAGAGAUUAUAAGCAUAAUAAGCUUAUAACAAGUUUUUUUUACAAAUUUUCCUUGAAUAAACAAAAGAGAUUAUGCAAA